AUGGACGACUUGAGCAGCCAUCCAAGCCGUCACUGGUGGGUGCAACCUCACCGACGAUUAACGCCUUCACCGCCAGUGGCUACUGCAGCCAGUGUGGGGCGACCAAAACCCCAUUUCAGUUGGAUCCUCAACAAGCUGAUUAAACUUAGAGAGGAGGCUAGAAGAUUGUUCAUUUCGGUUUCUAUUUGGUCACAGAUCAAGGGUGGCUGGAUUUGGGAUCAUAUUCGUGAUAGGAGGGAUAAGGUUGGGUGGCAUAGGCUUAUUUGGUUCCCAUCUCAUAUCCCAAAAUUCUCCAUUAUUGCUUGGAUGGUGAUUCUCGAUAGAUUGCCAACCAAAGACAGGUUAGCAAGGUUUGGCAUUGUCACUGUUAAUGUAUGUGGAUUGUGUGGUGAUGAUCAAGAAUCUCAAAACCACUUGUUCUUGGAAUGUUCCUUUGUAAGGGUGAUAUGGAAAGCCAUUCUGCAUGCUUGUGGUCUCCAAUUACAGAUGCUAACAUGUUGGGAUGAUGCCAUGCAUUGGAUGACUUCAAACUUGAAGGGUAAAUCCCUCCUUGUUCAUAUUCUAAAGCUCGCGUGGACUGGUUUUGUUUAUUUUCUUUGGGAAGAACGUAAUCGCAAGCAUUUUCGUGGUGUGAUUCGUUCUGCUGAUACGAUUGUAAAUAACAUUAGAGAGUCUGUUAGGAUUAAAUUGUAUAGAUGUCAUAUGAAUAAGAUGGAUGAUGUUAAUAGGAGGUUGAGCCUAGUUUGGGGAUUAAUCUAG